GCCCCAUCCGCUCUCCAGUAUAGAAGUUUCCUCACGUCCGCAUCCGCUCUCAGUGAGGGACAUCAUGGCGGCGCUGGGUAGACUCUCUGGUAUUCUUGGCCGUUCCGUGGCAAGCCGUGGACGCCUGUAUUCCGCGGCAGCUCAUGCGGAACAUGGGGAUGCAGCUCGCACAUGGAAGAUCCUGACGUUCGUGGUGGCGCUGCCUGGUGUGGCUGUGUGCAUGCUGAACGCCUACCUGAAGGCGCAGCACCAUGAGCCCCCGCCUGAGUUUGUACCAUACGAGCACCUACGGAUCCGGACCAAGAAAUUCCCUUGGGGUGAUGGCGUGAAGAGCCUUUUCCACAACGCUCAUGUGAACCCUCUCCCCACUGGUUAUGAAGAGUCUCAUGAUCAUGAGCAUUAAUCUUUGGACACCUUAUUAUCCGGACCAGUGUGUUAUGGGCCCACAUUAUAUGUAGGGAUCAAGCUAUUCUAUUUAAUGCUGUACAUGCCCCCAACCUUCUACAGCUGGAGUAGUAGGUUGUCUAAAUAAAGUUUUUAUUGACCUA